GUGCGCAGCAAUGGUGGACACCGGGGCAGAGAUGAACAUUAUUCGGGAGGCGGACGCGAUCAAAUUCGGGCUGGAUAUAGACCGUUCUGACUGCAGUAUUCUGCAUGGAGCCAGUUGUAAGGCCAUGUUUUGGGGGACAGCCUCGAAUGUGCUGGUCGAGGUUGGAAAGGUGAAGGCCAGGGCAUGCUUCUUCAUAAUGCCAGACGUGGACCAUGAAAUCCUCUUGGGGAGGUCAUUCCUAAGCAGGACAGAGACCGUGAUGUUCAACAAACAUGAUGGGACGUUGAUCCUCCUCUUAUGCGAUCCUGCCGGCAGGAAUUAUGAAAUAAUUACCUGCAGGAACACUGAGCCAAGGAGUAUAAGGAACCGGCCCAAUCUAGGAUCAUUCACAAUCGAGGAGUCGAAAGGGGAGCGCAGGAGGCUCUGGGCAGAGCCCGAAGCAGGAGAGAGGGUGGAAGUAUUUUCCCUCAGCCUGUCAGAUGUUGGGAAGGCCAUGGACCUGGUGGCCGCGCAUGAGAUGGCAGAUCCGGAUGCCAUUCAGGCCUUGAGGGAACAAGUUCUGGAAUGCCCUGAGGCAGGAAGGUUGGAAUUGGUAUAUCGGCUCCCAGGCAGUGGAGGGAACCCCGCAUCAGCGCAAACACAAUCCGAAGGGGAGGCGGUGGAGAAUACGACCCCAGUUGAUGGAUUUCUGGAUCAGGAAGAAGAUGUUCGUCUUCAUAUCAACAAAUGGUCGCCGCGAGUGCCCAGCUGUGUAGGCUAUCCUAUCUGGCAAGCGCCAAAGGGGUAUGAAAGGAGGAAUGAGCUAGUCCUUAAGCCCUUUGAGGAAGAAGAUCCCCAGGGCGGUAAGGUUGUUCAGUGGAUGAUGGAGCUAGCGCUGGCCAGCUCGCAUAGCCUGGUGGAGGACAUGAGAACGAUUGAGGAAGGACCUGGCCAGGUAGAACGGCAUGAGGACCUGAUGGGAGGAAUGGAUGCAAGCGAUAGGGCUCAGAGGAUGCUGCAGCGCUACUUAGUGCGAGACGGCCACCUUUUCGUGAGAAGAGAAGUGGGGAAUCCUAGGAGGGUCGUCUGCGGUAGGAAUCGUCAGAUCGACGUCGUAGCAGCACUACACGAUGGCAUUGCAGGAGGGCAUCGAUGGGUACAAGCCACGUAUGCCAAGAUAAGUGAGCUGUAUUACUGGGAUGGAAUGAUGGACAUGGUCGGAAAAUUCUGUCGAUCCUGCGUGCCCUGCCAGGAGAGAUCUCGUUUAAGGCAGGGAGAGCCGCUGCAUCCAAGGUUAGAGCGAGAGGUAGGGGCCGUAGUGCAUCUUGAUCUGCUUUUUAUGCCGCUUGGGGAUCAGGGCUAUAACUAUAUCUUCGAUGCGCGCGAUAACUUGUCUGGGUUCGUAGACGGGCGUGCUAUUCGCACCAAGAUCGGGUUAGUCUUAGUGAGCUGCAUCGAGGAAUAUUACCUGCGUUACCCUUUCGUCUGGGAAUUCGUAAUGGAUAGGGGAUCGGAGUUUACCUGCCAGGAGGUGCAAGAAUUGUUAUCAAGGUCUAACUUUACGAAGACAGUCAUGCCAAGAGGAGGGAGGGGGACACGGCUGCCUCGGAGGCCGUUGGGAGCAUCAGGAGGAUAUGAGCGACAUGGGCCUCGCCAUCAAGAGAGUACUCCAGUAUACGAUGAUAGGGACACCGAGCUAUUCCUGGACAACUUUUGGGAUCAUGCGAGGCGUAUGGGUUGGACCGUGGCCCAAGCAAUCGAGGGACUGAGGGGAGUCGGCAGAUUCGAGGAGCCUGUCGCGCGGAUCCGUAGAGAGGCGACGACGAGAUCAGAGGUGGAGUGGAGGAUGCAGGAACUGCGACCCUCGCCUGUGGGACCAGAUGGCAGGCCGAUCCGUCUAGAGAUCGAAAACGUGGCAGACUUCAUCCCUGCUUUCGAGUGGUUCAUGCAGGGGCAGGGUAUACCGAGAGAUGAGUGGGCGAGGACGCUACCACUCUGGACCAGGAAGGCGGAAAGGCCACUGGCUAGCCAAAUCAGAGACAUGGCCCGGGACUGGGAAAGCUGCAGGGCACAUCUAAGAGAGGCCUUUCGACGGCCAAAGUCCCCCCACCCCAGAGCCGAGAGACGUCAGAGGAGUCAGCGGUCGAGGGACCCUGAGCCCAGGGAGGUGAGACCGUCUCGGGGAGGACGGAAGGCCCUAGCCAAGAGAGAGGAGGAGUCGGAGCGGGAGCCAGAGGUUGAAGAGCGAGGGGCAUACCCUGAGUGUGGGUUGGGACCAGUGGAGUUCAAUCGUUUUACUGAGGGUGGAUUGAGGAGGUCGCCAGCACACCCACGGGAGGAGCCGCCAGUGUCUGAAGGGCCGUUGAGAGAGUUAGAGACGCAUCUGGAUAUCUCUCAUUGGAGAGCGUCGCCUCAGGAUGAGAAGCAUGAAGAGCAAGUAGAAGGGGUGCCACGAGAGGAGGUACCACAAGAGGAGGUGCCACGAGAGGAGGUGCCACGUGAGGAGGUACCACGAGAGGAGGUGCCACGAGAGGAGGCGCAGGGGGAGGAAGUGGUAGAGGUUGGGGAGGACACACCCCCACAGGCGCCAGCAAUGGGUUUGAGACUCGGGGAUGCUCCAGGGAGCGCUCGUCAGGUAGAGGAGAGAUUGCGGAGAGAGGAGGCUCCACUUCCUUCAUCAGAGAGGGGUCCAUCGCCAGAGGGGAGAGCCGGCAAGAGGAGAGAAAGGGCAGUUGUAAGGAGGGAAGCCUUGACCCUGAUUGAUAGGCACCUAGCAGCUUAUGCCCUAGAGCAUCCAGACCUGGAGGAGCCGGCACCUGCAGGGCUGCGCCGGGAGCCGUACCAACCCGAGAAGGAGAUGGAAGCAGAAAUCCCGAAGAGGGUCGACCUCCACACGAGGGAAAGGGCGCCAGCCGGAAAGACAGUUGAAGAAAAAAGAGCAAGAAGAACUAGAUUGAUAGAUGAGAUAUGGCAGGAGAGGCAGAGGUUGGAGGCAGCGGGGGAGCUUCCGGAGCAGCAACAGGAGAGGCAGAGAUUGGAAGCAGCAGGAGCACUCCCAGGUCAGCCACCCAGCGCGCCAGCUAGGGCCCCGGAGAUUCCUGAGAUGUGGAGAGACUUCUGGAAGCAGAGAGGAAAGGAACUUCCAUCGCCAGUCAGAGUCGGGUUUGGGGUGGCCAGGAAGGCGWAAGAGAGGUUAGAUCGUAAAAUCAAGUUCCUGRCCAAKACCACUUUUGACCGGCACUUGUUAUUGGAGGGCGAUCUGACAGGGAAGAAGAUGAAGGAAGCAAGCCAUGGAGUACGCCUGGAGGCUAUGGAAGUGGAAAUUCAGGAACUCAGGGCCUUGGUGGUCAGCCAGGCAGCUAUCAUCGAGAGCCUGAGGCAGCAAACCCAGGGAAGGGUGGACAGGCCAGAGAGCAGCAGGCAGGGAGAGCAGAGGCAGUCAGGACAGGGAUUGCCAGGACAGCCAUCUGCAGCAGAGCCUCGCCAGGAGCCACCUAUGGGGAGAGCUAUCAUGGAGCCAGAGGAGGCGAGAGCCCAGAGACAGGCAGAGAGAGAGGCGUUCGAGUUUAGAGCCCCUACUGAGCUCGCGACGCUGCCAGUGGCGGCGACAGGCCCAGUCGUACCUUUGGCAGUAGAGGAGGGGCUGCCACCAUCUAGCAGUGAGCCGGCUCAAGGCUCGGCAGAGGGAUCCAUGGGCGUGCUCCUUGAGGCGGUGCAUACUAUGCAGGAGGAGUUGCAACGCAUCCUUCAGUAUGUCCUCCACGGCUACCAUCAGGAGGUGAAGAAACUCAUAGAUGCGGCUGAAGGUAGCUGGGAGAGGUUCAAGGAGGAGAUGCAGAGGAAAUACCACCUAGGAGACGGGUUGUUGACUACCACGGACCUUGAAGCGAUGAACAAAGAGGAUUUUACGACUAUAGGGGCCUUUGUUCAAGAAUUUAAGAAGAGGGCACGGAAGGUCCAUGGGAUUUCGGAGGAAGCACAGUGCGCCAUCUUCCUGGGGCGACUCAUAGCAUCGGAGGCCAUCGAGUUGACGAGACAUGGAGGAGGUAGCACUAAGCUCACCUCGGCCACCAUUGACAGAGGGGUGGAAGUUGGGUGUUUGGACCAUGUGGAACAACGUCAGGUACGCCUGCAAAGGCAGAAGAGAAAGGAAAGAGAUGCGACCGCUUCUGGGACCCCGGGAGUAACAAGGAUUGUUACAGACGUAUUGACACAGCUAGGGUAUGCGACAGAGCCGGUGGUGCAAAGGAGGGUGGUGACGGAUGUUAAAGUAAAAGGAAAAAAGCCAGUGAUAGAGGAGGCUGGUCAGGAGGAGCUCUGGGAAGAGGAAGAGCCGGUGCCGCAGCACCUUACGAAGGUCCAGCGCAAACGCUACUUAGUGCGAGACGGCCACCUUUUCGUGAGAAGAGAAGUGGGGAAUCCCAGGAGGGUCGUCUGCGGUAGGAAUCGUCAGAUCGACGUCGUAGCAGCACUACACGAUGGCAUUGCAGGAGGGCAUCGAUGGGUACAAGCCACGUAUGCCAAGAUAAGUGAGCUGUAUUACUGGGAUGGAAUGAUGGACAUGGUCGGAAAAUUCUGUCGAUCCUGCGUGCCCUGCCAGGAGAGAUCUCGUUUAAGGCAGGGAGAGCCGCUGCAUCCAAGGUUAGAGCGAGAGGUAGGGGCCGUAGUGCAUCUUGAUCUGCUUUUUAUGCCGCUUGGGGAUCAGGGCUAUAACUAUAUCUUCGAUGCGCGCGAUAACUUGUCUGGGUUCGUAGACGGGCGUGCUAUUCGCACCAAGAUCGGGUUAGUCUUAGUGAGCUGCAUCGAGGAAUAUUACCUGCGUUACCCUUUCGUCUGGGAAUUCGUAAUGGAUAGGGGAUCGGAGUUUACCUGCCAGGAGGUGCAAGAAUUGUUAUCAAGGUCUAACUUUACGAAGACAGUCAUGCCAAGAGGAGGGAGGGGGACACGGCUGCCUCGGAGGCCGUUGGGAGCAUCAGGAGGAUAUGAGCGACAUGGGCCUCGCCAUCAAGAGAGUACUCCAGUAUACGAUGAUAGGGACACCGAGCUAUUCCUGGACAACUUUUGGGAUCAUGCGAGGCGUAUGGGUUGGACCGUGGCCCAAGCAAUCGAGGGACUGAGGGGAGUCGGCAGAUUCGAGGAGCCUGUCGCGCGGAUCCGUAGAGAGGCGACGACGAGAUCAGAGGUGGAGUGGAGGAUGCAGGAACUGCGACCCUCGCCUGUGGGACCAGAUGGCAGGCCGAUCCGUCCAGAGAUCGAAAACGUGGCAGACUUCAUCCCUGCUUUCGAGUGGUUCAUGCAGGGGCAGGGUAUACCAAGAGAUGAGUGGGCGAGGACGCUACCACUCUGGACCAGGAAGGCAGAAAGGUCACUGGCUAGCCAAAUCAGAGACAUGGCCCGGGACUGGGAAAGCUGCAGGGCACAUCUAAGAGAGGCCUUUCGACGGCCAGAGUCCCCCCACCCCAGAGUUGAGAGACGUCAGAGGUCGAGGGACCCUGAGCCCAGGGAGGUGAGACCGUCUCGGGGAGGACGGAAGGCCCUAGCCAAGAGAGAGAAGGAGUCGGAGCGGGAGCCAGAGGUUGAAGAGCGAGGGGCAUACCCUGAGUGUGGGUUGGGACCAGUGAAGUUCCAUCGUUUUACUGAGGGUGAAUUGAGAAGGUCACCAGCACACACACGGGAGGAACCGCCAGUGUCUGAAGGGCCGUUGAGAGAGUUAGAGACGCAUCUGGAUAUCUCUCAGUGGAGAGCGUCGCCUCAGGAUGCGAAGCAUGAAGAGCAAGCAGAAGGAGUGCCACGAGAGGAGGUACCACAAGAGGAGGUGCCACGAGAGGAGGUGCCACGUGAGGAGCCACGUGAGGAGGUGCCACGAGAGGAGGCGCAGGGUACUCAGCAAGAGAGCAGGCUAGGCGAAAUGGGGAGACGUGCAGGGGAGGAAGUGGUAGAGGUUGGGGAGGACACACCCCCACAGGCGCCAGCAAUGGGUUUGAGACUCGGGGAUGCUCCAGGGAGCGCUCGUCAGGUAGAGGAGAGAUUGCGGAGAGAGGAGGCUCCACUUCCUUCAUCAGAGAGGGGUCCAUCGCCAGAGGGGAGAGCCGGCAAGAGGAGAGAAAGGGCAGUUGUAAGGAGGGAAGCCUUGACCCUGAUUGAUAGGCACCUAGCAGCUUAUGCCCUAGAGCAUCCAGACCUGGAGGAGCCGGCACCUGCAGGGCUGCGCCGGGAGCCGUACCAACCCGAGAAGGAGAUGGAAGCAGAAAUCCCGAAGAGGGUCGACCUCCACACGAGGGAAAGGGCGCCAGCCGGAAAGACAGUUGAAGAAAAAAGAGCAAGAAGAACUAGAUUGAUAGAUGAGAUAUGGCAGGAGAGGCAGAGGUUGGAGGCAGCGGGGGAGCUUCCGGAGCAGCAACAGGAGAGGCAGAGAUUGGAAGCAGCAGGAGCACUCCCAGGUCAGCCACCCAGCGCGCCAGCUAGGGCCCCGGAGAUUCCUGAGAUGUGGAGAGACUUCUGGAAGCAGAGAGGAAAGGAACUUCCAUCGCCAGUCAGAGUCGGGUUUGGGGUGGCCAGGAAGGCGAAAGAGAGGUUAGAUCGUAAAAUCAAGUUCCUGACCAAUACCACUUUUGACCGGCACUUGUUAUUGGAGGGCGAUCUGACAGGGAAGAAGAUGAAGGAAGCAAGCCAUGGAGUACGCCUGGAGGCUAUGGAAGUGGAAAUUCAGGAACUCAGGGCCUUGGUGGYCAGCCAGGCAGCUAUCAUCGAGAGCCUGAGGCAGCAAACCCAGGGAAGGGUGGACAGGCCAGAGAGCAGCAGGCAGGGAGAGCAGAGGCAGUCAGGACAGGGAUUGCCAGGACAGUCAUCUGCAGCAGAGCCUCGCCAGGAGCCACCUAUGGGGAGAGCUAUCCUGGAGCCAGAGGAGGCGAGAGCCCAGAGACAGGCAGAGAGAGAGACGUUCGAGUUUAAAGCCCCUACUGAGCUCGCGACGCUGCCAGUGGCGGCUACAGGCCCAGUCGUACCUUUGGCAGUAGAGGAGGGGUUGCCACCAUCUAGCAGUGAGCUGGCUCAGGGCUCGGCAGAGGGAUCCAUGGGCGUGCUCCUUGAGGCGGUGCAUACUAUGCAGGAGGAGGUGAGUUUGUUUUCACCUGAGCAGAGGAUAGAGGAGCCUCUUGAGAGAGAGAUAGGGAUUGAGGCGGAGAGUGCCAUCGAGAACAGGCUCCAGAGGAUGGGCACACCUGAGUAUGGACCAGAGGAGAUUGAGGAGCAGCCCAUGGCAGUGCCAGGAGAGACACUCGAGAGGAGGCCUCAGAGGUUGGACACGCCUGAGUACGUCCCAACGACAGGGGAUUUGAGGAGCAGCCUGGGAUCUUGGGCUACUUAAUCUGGGUCUGGGGGACCAGUUCCUGGGGCAGAGCAACAAGA